AAAUGCUAAACCAUCUUGGCUUCUCCUUUCUUGAACCCAAAUUUCGCUCGCCCGAACCCUAAUCCCAGCCAUUUCUUCCUCUUUGUAUAAUCGGGUAGAGUUGGCAUUCGGGAAUCGUGGUCGGAGUAACCGUUAGAGGCGCUGAACGGCUUAUUGCUUGAACAAUGUCUGCUGCGGUGUGUGGAAGCAAGAGAUCUUUCUUUGAAGACCUUCCUCCAUCACCUCCAGUAUCCAAGAAGCUUCGUUGCUCAUCCUCAAGUUCGCCUGUUCGUUUGUCGGUUCCGAGUCUCAUCGAUCAGCUCCGGGCUGUAUUUCCACACAUGGAUGACCAGGUCCUUGAGAGAGCACUCCAAGAAUGUGGCAAUGAUAUAGAUGCUGCCAUUAAGAGCCUGCAUGAACUUUGCCUGGGAUCUGCAAAUAAGAAUUCUUCUGCUGCUGAAGAAUCAGAAGUUGAUGUGGAGAUAGAACUUGCAGGUAAAGUGAAAGAUGAUAAUGAUGCUUCUGCUUCUGCGAGUAAGACUGCUUUGAACAACCUUCCUUCCGAUGGAGCAGAGUGGGUUGACCUUUUUGUGAGAGAAAUGGCUGGUGCUACUAGCAUUGAUGAUGCUAAAGCUCGUGCUGCUAGGAUUCUGGAGGCCCUAGAAAAAUCAAUCUAUGAACGUACUCAUGUGGAGGCAACUCAUGUUAAUCAAAGGGAAAAUUUGAUGCUGAAGGAGCAAAUUGAAGGGCUGAUGAAGGAGAAUAAUAUUCUUAAACAUGCGGUGAAAAUCCAACAUGAACGACUUGCUGAUUAUGAUAACAAGGUUCUAGAGUGUCAGCAUUUGAAGCAGGCGUUGUCUCAUAGCCAGGAGCAGUUGAGAUCUCUUGAGGUGAAAAACUAUACCUUGGUAAUGCAUUUGAAGCAGGCUCAACAGUGCAAUACCUUUCCUGGGCAUUUCCCACCUGAUGUUUUCUAAUACAUUCAAUGUGAGGAAUAUAAUAAUAGAGGCAGGCAGCAAAAUGGCUGAUUCUGGUUUAAUUAUGUCCCGUCUUGUCACAGUUUGGGAUGGCUUUUUGUGUUUUACCAUAUGUUUGAUAUUUUUUAUAGUGUUAUAUUUCAUCAGUUGUCGAUUAAUUCAAUCAUGGUCUAUAUUCUCUCAUCUUGCCAUAAGGGUCUCAUUUAGUUUAUCUACAAUUUUAACCACAGUAAUUUAAUUUCCUGAAAAAGGGUUUCUCUUUUUGCAACCUUCAA